CGGCGUACUUGGCCAUCAUAAAGUGUACCGUAACACCAUGCUCAGGGCCGGUAACAAUGAUUUCAACUGGCAAUUUGGCGUAGGUGCUAUUUGGUUCAGCGCACACAAUGGGGACAUAAAUAAUGCCACUAUUGAAGUUAAAGACUGCGAGAUCAUCGACGCCUCAUACGCGGCCAUCAUGUACAUUGAGAGCAAAGUGUCCGGGGUCACUUUUGACAAUCUAUUAAUUAAUGGUACAGGUACCUUUGCCAUACAAUUGCAAACAGGCGGCGAAGCCACGUUUAAGAAUGUCAAGGCGAUCAACGUGGGUGAAACGGUACCAAUUUACAAUUGCGGGGUACCUUUUAAGAUGAAUAUCGAGGGUACCAAAACCGGGUGGUACACUGACAAGCCUAGUUGCGAAGACCUAUCAAGUAUUAAGCCAAAGUGGCCGUGGAAUUGGUAGUUAAUCUGGUCACUCUAAAUUUACAAUAUUGUUUUAAAAGCUUAAUUAACUAUUAUAUAUAACUUUUAAAAUUUAAACCAG